AAUCAGAAAGCGCCAAAUGUAUCACUACUUCACUGAGGAACACGUUGAUUUUUCUAGAGUAAAAGGGUUAUUUAAUAUAAUCUGUUCUAGCGUAAAACAAACAGAAUCAGAGUGUUAUUCAUUUGAUUACACUGUUUUAUGUGUGAUUCUAUAACAAUAUAAAAACUUUUCAUUUCAAUUUUCAAAAAAAUAUUGGUGUGAACAUUUGUUUUGACAGAUCUGUCAAAAAUCAUAAAGCUCAUAAUGUCUCAGAAUUCAUCGUUAUUGUGUGCUUGUGUGACAUUGAUGGUGCUUUGUGUAGCUACUUCAGGCAAGAAACCAUUAAAAGAAGAGGACUGUGAAGUUUGUGUCAAUGUGCUCAGAAAAUUUGAACAGAAGUAUCCGGAUGUAAAGGAAAAAGCUCCAGGCGAAAUAGAGACACUGUUUAAAAAGUUUUGCAAAACUGUAAAAGACAGAGAUGAGCGAUUUUGCUACUAUAUUGGAGGGGCUGAGACCUCAGCAACAAACAUCCUGAAGAUUAUGUCUUCACCGUUCAAGAACCAUCUCCCUCUUGUGAAAGUCUGUGAAAAAUUGCAAGAUGCUGAUCCUCAGAUAUGUGAUCUGAAAUAUGAGAAGAAGUUGGACCUUUCUGAGGUUGAAUUCAAGAAGCUCAAGGUUAAGGACCUGAAGAAGAUUCUAUCCGACUGGGACGAGGAACGAGCAUGCAGGGGCUGCUCCGAGAAGUCUGACUUUGUACGAGCUGUGAAAGAGCUUAUGCCCAAACAUGCACCCGAGGCUUAUGCUAAACUUAAAGCCAGGGAUGAGCUUUGAUGACUUUUUUAUUAGUGCCUAGGUUUCUUAAAUACAAAUUGAUUAUAGCGGGAAUUGGAGAUCCAUAACUCAGUUUGCAGUAGUCAUAUGAAAUCAAAGCAACUAUAGAGUUUAUACAGAAUUAUAAGAGUUCUAUUUUGUUUCAUGCACUCUCUAUAAUGACGGAUCUUUUAAUAUUCUCCCGUCCAGGUGGUCAAUUUAGCAAAAUCAUAGACACACAUGUAUGAAAAGACUCAACUGUGAAGUGUAUUUACUUCUUUGAAAUAUUAUCACAUUUGCUCUGCAUUCAUUACCAACAAGAGUAAAAACAUUCCUUUUUAUAUAUUCAGUUAAAACUAUGGUAUUUUUGUCUAACAUGUUAAAUUAACUUCAUUAGUCUAAAAAAAAUUAAUAAGAAUGAUAUUAGGUUAUGAUUAAAUUUGUGAUGAGGGUAGAUUUAUUUAUGAAUUUUACUAUUCGAAUAAUCUUUAAACAGUAUAUUGAUUUAGUGAAUAUUAGUUGGAAAAUGUGAAUUUAUAUAAAAAUGAAUUUAUAAUUGACCAAUGCUUACCAUUGUCUUCAAUCAUUAAUCAUUGUUAUACUCCACCAUGGAAGAUCUUCAUGUUUGACCUUCAAAUCAUAUGAUAACAAGUGUGUGUUACAUUACUAUGCACGUUAUGUUUCUGUAUGUUGUAUUUUAAAAUAGCAAAGUUUGUUAAAACUCCAUUAAACAAAAUGUAAAAUGCUUUA